AUGAGCGAGUAUCUUCAAGGGCUUGAAGCGAAGCUAAAGGCGCAGCAGAAAAAAGAAGAAGCGCGAAAUACGAAACUUCUCGAAGAAAAGAGGGAUAAAGUCCGUCGAUUCCAAGAACAGCGCGAAGAAAAAGAAAAGUUAGCUGAGAUUCAUCGAGACGCAACUGAGUUCCAGAAAAAAAUAGAAUUCAUGGAAUCACUCCCUAUUCUUCGAGAAGCUGCUGAUCGACGAGAACGCAUUCGUCAGGAGAAACUCGAACUUGCUCGAGCUCAAUUGAGGGAAAAAGAAGAAGCCGAGAAGAAGCGGCUUGAUAAUUUGGAACGGCUCCGUAAGAAAGUCAGGGUAGAAGGCGAUCGCGAUCCGACAAGAGCGGUGAAAAACACUGCCGCUUGGUCUGAACGCAUUAUUGCGACUAAACUCGACCGAGACCCAAUAAAUUACAUUCAGACUUACACUACUUCUCAGUUAAUGAAGGAUCAGCGUUUCCGCUUCAAUCUGAUGAUGAGAGAAGCGAACAUUAACGUUGGACCAGCAGCAAUUCAAGCUCUCGGUCAACUCAACCCAGCCACUAAACCCCGUCGCGAUAAUUUUCACUCGAAACUGUUCAACUAA